ACAUGGCGUCUGUCACGCCCUGGGGCCUGUUGCACAAAAGUAGAAUUAAGACAUCCGGGAUAAAUGACUCAGCUGAGCUCAAUGAAGCCAAAACAUGUGCGUCCAGGCUUAAUUGGUUGCACAAAGACCAAGCCAGGAUGAGCAGACACGGAUUCAUUAAGCCAGGUGAAACCAAUCCUGGAUAGGUGCGCGCUCACGGCUCACUCAAAUAGACCCCGCCACAGAUCACAGAUUAACUGAUUUACCAUGGCAACUAGAGCCGCGUACUUUUCCCCGUCGGAAGCACAAAUCCUCAUGGAGGCAUACGAGGAGGUAAAAGAUAUAAUUAAGAAGAAAGGCAACACCGCCACAGUGAUAAAGCAAAGAGAAAAAGCGUGGCAAAGUAUUGCAGACCGCCUGAAUGCAUUAAACAUGAACGGGCCAAAACGGACAUGGCAGCAGGUCAAAAUCAAAUACAAGAACAUUCUGCAGAAUGGUAUGGUCCCUGACUAAUAUUUAACAAAGCACAAGCAUAUAUUGUACCCAGAAGGUGCCUGCUCACACAUUGUCUGUACUGUUUUAGCAGUGAAAAAGAAUACCCACAGACAAGGCACGGGUGGUGGGUCACCAAAGGCUGACCUUACCCCAGCAGAGGACAUGGCCUUGGAGCUAAAUAAAGGCAGGCCCGUCUUAGAGGGGAUCCCUGGGGGAAAGAGACGAGCAUAGGUUCCUCCCAAGAUGCCACCCGCUUCAUUCAAGUGUCUGGCAGCACUGUGUUCCUGUUAGAGCCACCAGCACAAGCACCAGACGAUGCUGAUCCAGUGAGUACUCCAUCAAAGGCAUACUGUAGGCCUGGCAUGUCUUGUCUACUAGCUUCAAUAUGAAUCCGAUUAAAUGUGAUAGGGUGAAGGCCCCAGUGCAGCAGCAACAGCACAUGAUGGAGACGAUGAUGAUGAGGAGGAGACCAUCUCUCUGGAUUCCAGAAGGCACGAGGUAUCAUGGUAAGACUGUGAAAGUACUAUUUACUCUACAAUGGUGAGGAGUCCUCAUCAAAAUCAAAAAAUCUCAUUUCUUUUACAGGACCCAGAUGCUAUACAGUGGGAAAACCAGCCUGGCAACAUAGUGCGUAUUAAUAAAAGGACACCACAUCCUGCCAAAUUCCAGCUGCGCUAAUUGUAUUGUGUUCACAGAGCUCACAAGCUAUCAGAAAGUUGUAUGGCAACCACCUCCGGCGCCAAAUAGAACUGGCAGACAUAGACAUUCAGUACAAGAAGAAAAAGAUGGAAAAUCUUGCACUGGAGUCCGAAAUAAAAAAGAGGACAAUUAGGAAACUGGACCUUGAAAUAAAAAAACUUGAGAGGGAGCUCCAAGAAGAUGACACAGCUCAAAAUAAAAAUUAGGUAUAUUCUCGUAAAGUCAAGUGAGCCAUGACAUAUGAGCUCUUAUUGUGAGCACACAGGACGGUGGCAUCUUUCUAAGGUUUUUUUUAUUUUCCCAGCAAUCAGUACAACCAAGUCAUCGUUAUAAGGCAUCGCCCUCUUUUGCCCACCCCCCCAGCACCAGGUGUGGCCACUAGCCUAUAUGAAGGCCCAAAAUUGUGUGUUCCUUUCUGCUCUGACAAUGGCAUGCCCAUUCGUGCGAGAUGUGGUGGAUGAAGAAGCACUUGUGCUGAGGAGAGCCUUCAGGCGAGAAAGGGUCUUCAGGGACCGGUUGGACCCACUGGCCUUCCCUGACGACCAUCUAUAUGAAAGAUACAGGUUUUCUGCAGAUGGCAUCAGGUAUCUAUGCAGACUACUGGGUCCCAGGAUUAAGCACCGCACUGCACGGAGCCAUGCACUGAGUGUGGAGCAAAUGGUUUGUGUGGCCUUGCGCUUUUUUGCUAGUGGAGCCUUCCUGUACUCAGUGGGGGAUGCAGAACAGCUGAACAAGGCCACAAUUUGCCGCACAAUAAGGAGUGUGUGUCUGGCUAUCAAAGCAUUAGCAGAUGUCUUCAUCUCCUUCCCUGGCCACAGAAGACUCUGUGACAUCAAAGAGGAGUUCUAUAGGAUUGCAGGUUUCCCCAAUGUCAUUGGUGCAGUGGACUGCACACACAUAAGGAUAAAAGCCCCCUCAGGUGCCCAUGAGGCCGAUUUUGUGAAUAGGAAAUCCUUUCACAGCAUUAAUGUUCAGAUGGUCUGCAAUGCUGACUGUGUGAUCAGCAAUGUUGUGGCAAAAUGGCCUGGCUCAGUCCAUGACUCCAGAAUCUUUCGGGCCUCUGAAAUCUAUCAGUGCCUAUCACAAGGUGAAUUCUCUGGUGUGUUGCUGGGAGACAGGGGGUAUGGCUGCCAGCCUUUUCUCUUGACACCUUUCACAGACCCCCAGGAAGCACAGCAGGCCUACAACCAUGCCCAUGCCAGGACCAGGGCCAGAGUUGAAAUGACCUUUGGCCUCCUGAAGGCACGCUUUCACUGCCUUCACAAAUUAAGGGUCAGCCCUGUUAGGGCAUGUGAUAUUACUGUGGCUUGUGCUGUCCUCCACAAUGUGGCCUGCCUGAGGAAGGAGAGGGCCCCCAGAGUGCCACCAGCCAUGGACUGGGACAAUCCGGCAAUCUUCCCUGAUGACGACAGUGGUCCAAUAUAGGGACCAAUAGGUGUUGAAUUAUUUUAGUUAGUAUGUGUGCUUUCAAUUUUGGUUAAAUAUGUCCUGCGGUGGCAGAGGAAUUUGGGUUUUUUUGGGUUCGUUUUUUUACGAAUUUGGCCUCUUAUGAUGUUUGUGCGGUAUACUGUGUAUAAUACAAGGCUGCAGGGAGGCUACUGCAUCCAUUCAUUUGUCUGUUCAGUUGAUGUGUAUGGAUUUGUCCUGCAUUUAUUUUAGUGUGCAGACAUGCAGGGUGUGUUAUAUACAGACCUUUGAAUGUGUAUGUAUCAUUUUGUAUAAUAUGCUUGGAUUCUGUGCUUUCCAUCUUGUAGAGUCACUGUGACUUCAGUUUCGAAAGGAGCUGAUGGUUUACCUGCUUUGUUUUGUCCU